CAACUCCAGGUGUGAUUUGGCCUUCCUGAUUUCACUCCUGCAUGCCCGAGCAAUAUUUUUAUACUUUUCCCUCGUCAUUUGUCCAAUCUUCCACUUCUUGUAAACUUCAAAGGAAGGAUGAAAGGAACCCAUACUGGAUAGCUGUGCAAUUGUGUACGUUGGCUGGAAUUGCUUCCCAACACUUAUGGGCAACCGUCUGCCCCCCUGAAGCAUGAGUGUGACUUUCUUUAUUGUGGUCUUAGCCUUGCUUGAUGCAAAGCUGACUUUUUAAAAAGGAAAUGUGAAUGAUUUAUUCUUCUCCAGACUUGAAUGGCAGUGGAAGGGGGGGAUCCAUUUUUUUGAUGGAGGUUUGCUGUAGAUCAGACCUGAGGUGCAGUUAGUAAAGCUGUGGGUGGGGACCCAGGAAGAGAAUUGCCGUGUAUUAGUCCAGCUGUGUGGGGGACACAUGCACAGUGUCUACCCUGUACUUUACUGGUGCUGUUGUUUACCUCCAUGAGUCCUGUUUAUCAAACUGUCUCCUAUGCUGAUAUAUGCCUUUAAAGUUGGGCCUCAUUUUGUGCUUUUUACACUGUAGGCUUUGGUGAGCAGCAGCACCAGGGUUUGGCUGAAGAAGGAUAAUUGGUGAUGUCCAAGCAGGCUCAGCAGGGUGGUAAGUUGCGGCACAUCCCAAUACCCAGCCCAGCAGCAGAGGCAGUUGCCUGGCUGAGUUCUGUACACUUGAGGUAUGGAAUGCCAGUAUUGCAAUGAGCCAGCAACCCGAGUAAUAUUCAUCCGUGAGGUCCUCUCUUCCAUGCAGUGACAUUCUGUUGCUGAAAGAGCACUGUUACUGUAAACAGAAUACAUUUAAUCCCCCCUCCCCCCCUGGGGAAAAAAACAACCCUGUGUUAAGAGAACGUUAAGGUUGCAGAGUCAAGCACUUAAAAAUUUGGAUGUGCCAGAAUUCAGGUUGCCUGUGCAAACCUAGUUCAGCCUCCUUGUGUCGUGGAUUAUUACGUAGUCUUUAAUGACGUGAUCAUGUGCUAGCUUUUCCCUAGGAACCCUGCUUCGUUCAGCUGACAGUACAGCAAUGCUGAGACUCAGGAGUUCUGGGUUCUAAUCCACAUUCUGGGGGCCACAGACCCUUCUGUGCUGAUCCCCAAAAAGCCCUGACCCUGUCUGCCCUGGCUCCUCUAGCUUGUCCUUGUCAUCCCAGUCUCCCCAUGGGCUUCUUGUCCCAGUUCCCGCCCCCCCCGGGCUCGGAUCCUGACUCUGUGUUCCAGUCAGGUGGCUUCUUCCUUCUUGCUGCAGGGAGAGCAUUGGAGAGCACAGGCGAGACCAAGGAGCCAGCGAAAAUACAUUUUCUGGCUGAGGGGACCCGUAACUGGUAUUGGUAACUUUUCCUGCAUAAAGAAGUCAGUUGCAGAACAGGGGGAAAAACCUGGGACUUUUAUUUUCCAGUCCUGUUGGCUCUUGGGGCAGUGGAGGGCAGUAAGGCUUAGGCACCCACUAGCGGCUCCUCCCAGCCAUGGGGUGGAGUCAGGGAAGCCUCUGUUACCCAUCCGCGUCUGGUAGUCUCCUCCAAGUAACAUGGCUAUUGCAAGAGCAGGCUUUCUCUAGCCCUUUUCCUGCCCAGAUGUAAGAGUCCUUCAGCUUUGCCUCCUCUCAUGUGCAGGCCUGGGCCUCAGUAGGAGCUUGGAGCAUGAUAUCUGCUUUGAUUGGGGAUUGGUCCUGCUUUGAGCAGGGGGUUGGACUAGAUGACCUCCUGAGGUCCCUUCCAACCCUGAUAUUCUAUGAUUCUAUAUCUUGGUAUGCGGGACAUGUCUGCGCCAGUUCUCAGAGAUAAAGCCCUUCAUUCUGCACAAGACCCACCGUAAGUCAGGCAGCAUCUACACUAUGAAUUGAGUUGACCUAACUUACAUUGACAUAGAGCCGCCACAGUAAUUACAUGGCUUGUGCGUGUCUCCGCUUUGCUCCUGGUGUCAGCGGUGUGCGUCCCCACCAGGUGCACUUGUACCAAUUGUACUGUCAGUGUGAGGUAUUGUGGGACAGCUUCUGAAAGCCAGCAACAGUCAAUGUAAGCAACGCAAUGUCUGCACUGGCACUGUAUUGACCUAGUACAUCAACACUGACUCUACAUCUCUAAUGGAGGUGGAGUUAUUAAGUCAGCGUAGUGGGUGAGUUACAUCACUGGGAAUGAAAUUUCAGUGUAGAUGCUACAGAGUUAUGUCGACGUAAGCUGCCUUGCAUCAUCCUAACUCUAGCGUAGGGCAGGCCUUGUUCACUGACUUCAGAGCACCUGCACUGUGCCAGCCCUGCGUGCUCAGUCCCAGAGCUGAGAGUCAUGCUAGGCUUUUUCCUUCUCAUGCUUCAUUGCUAGGCUCUGCUGCUGGGGGGAGCCUGCUGCACAGUCAGGGGGCAUUAGUUCAGGAGACUAGAGAACCAAACCCCCUGGGUUCCUGCACACCCCGCUCCCCUGGAAAGUGCCUGACUCUUAAGUUGGUCCAGAGUGAAAUAGUUCAUGACCUUGACUGCAAAGGCUAACGAGGGCAGGUUAGAUGGCAGCACUUGGCUGCUAUGAACAGAGCUGGUGCAGUGCCUGGCUCGAGCAGGGGAAGCACAGAAGGAACGUUGCUCAUAACCCUCCAUUUUCCAACCUUUCCUGGACUCUCCUUGGGCUGUGUGUUCUCGUGACACCAGCUGAGUCCUCCCUGGGCUGCCGCCUCUGCUGCAUCAUCCAAGUAGCCGCUUCAUAACCAGCCCGGCCUGGGAACCUCUGCAUGAUCGAUCCCCUGGAGCCAGAAUGGCCUUUCCUGCACGCGUAGGUUAGCCAUAGGUUGGAGAACCCCUGCUGAAGUGUUGGCUGCCCUGGGACUGUGAAACCCUCUGUUCAGACACCCCCAUGAGCCUGGUUAGCACUUCCCCUUUAGCGUGUCUGACUCUCUCCUCUCCCCCAGAUGUGCAGGGUGGCAGUGUCUACAGCUGCAAGCUGUGUGCGAGAGCCUUCUCCUCCCACACCGUCCUGCUCUACCACUAUCGAACCCUUCACCAGCUGCAGAGGUGGGACCCCAGCACCUGGGACGGCACCGCUGCCAGCCCAGCCUCACCUGUUGGCCCCGAGAUGGCACCGGGCCCAGAGAUCCCAGACACUGAGCCGGCUGAUCCGGGCACAGACGUGCAUUUCAUCCUGACCACAGAGACUGUCAAAGGGAGAGCGUUUGAUUAUGGCCGGAUGGUCUUAAAGUGCUUGCACUGUGUCCAGAAGUAUUACUCCAAGGAGGGGCUCGUUGGCCACGUGCGUGCUGUGCUCCCUGGCACCAAAUGCCUGCCGCUGCCCCAGCUGGCAUUGCAGGGGAUGGAGAGAGUCAUGAGUGUGGCUGACCACGAGACGUAUGUGAAGUCCGUGGGAUGCAGAAGUGGCUCCCAGAAGCACCAAUCUGGGAGGCCUCUGGAAAGACCCCAUGGGAAGAAGUUUGUUUGCCCAGUUUGCAAGAAGGGCUUUACUAGAAAGCGCAUACUCCAGCUUCAUACCAGCACCCACCAAGCCGGCUGCAGCCCUUUCUGUGGCACACAGCGGACAGCCUCCCCUCGGCGACUGCACCAGUGCCAGCAGUGCAGCUUCCAGUCAGCGGUCAGCGCGGUGGCAUGGCUGCACCGGCAGGAGCACCGCCAGGGGACAGUGACCUGCGGGGUCUGCCACUGUGCCUACCUGGACCGCUCCACGCUCAACAAACACAUGAGGGUGCACGAUGCAGAGCGGCCCUGUCGCUGCAGCUUCCCACACUGUGGCUGGAGGUUUAAGAGCGAGGUGCUGCUGAGAGCGCAUCUUCAAGCCCAUGUCACUCCAGGGCAGUUUGAAUGCCAUUCCUGUGGCUCUGCCUUCCGCCACAAGCAUCACUUGCAGCGCCACCAAGCCAGAAUGCAUGGUGUUCUCUCCAGCAGCGUGAAGAAACCAGACAGCCCCCCAGUGGAACAGCUCAGGCGCACACAGCGGGGAGACUUGGGAACAGAGCCCAGUUCACACCCACUCAGGAGAGCAGGCUGCGAGCCUCCGAAAUACAAGAUCCUCCUGCAACGUUAGCUGCAGUGUUGGCUUGAGAGGACAGUUUUCCCUGGCCUGGGCACGAGGCACCAAGUAACUGUUGCUCACGGGGGCUGGGUGCAGAAGCGGGGUUGACAAAUGGAGACGCUUUCCAGGUAAGCUGGUCCAUGCUAUGCGGGGUCUGUACUGAAGGGAAGCUGACUCAUGGGAAUUACUGUCCUGUUAAAAGUCAUCUGGGAUUGUGGCCGGCAGCAUCCAGUAAUGCUAAUAAACCUUGUUAGUUUCUGUUGGAGGUGAUGACUAUUGCAUUCCCUCUGAAGGGCAUAGAGUGGCCCAGGGAGUUAAUACGUGAGCCGCGGUCUCUGAUCUCGCUGUGUCUUGGACCACGAGUGCAGGUGAUUUUUGGGCCCAGUCCAGUCCCUAGCAGAUACUCAGUCUUUCUCCCUGGACCUGGAUAUGUCCCGGAAUCAAGUGGGAAUCCGCUGUAAUAUUUUUAUCAUGCUGGUGUGUGCUUCAGUUUCCCAUGGCUGCCUAGUGGAGGGAAAGGUAUUGAGUCUGCUCUUGGGGCAGCACAGGAUAUGAGGGGUGGGUGUCCCCUUGCUGUCUGGGAUGCAGCCAAUAGAGGUUUCCUCCCUCCCCAGCAGGGAGGUUGAGCAGAGACCAGCUCAAGAGCGAAGGACUUCUGGAGGAAGCUGGCUCUCUCUCCUGGGACUCCCUCCAGGUCAGAGGGACAGAGCUGAAGCUGCAAUCGCACUGCAGCUUGGCUGGUGUGUUGUGCUGACUUGGCCCCAAUGGACUGUGCUUCAAUCUUCACUUCUCUGUGCUAGCCCAAGGCCUUCCCAGGCUGUGUCCCAGCUGACUAAUAAACCCUGCUGUACGUGGAACACGCUAUUUGGGGUCAUUGCAAAUACUUUCCAGGCUGAAGAGCAAAUGCAUCUCUGCCCAGGGCCUGACUUGCAGGGCAGAGCUUGGGGUGUGAAGCAGGAGGGCUGGAGUCCAGAGGCUCAGGCUAGGAGGCGGAGGAAGAGGGGCUCCUGUGGGGUGUGGCACACUGCAGGGGAUCCUCCAAGGGACCCUGGGGCAUAGCAGUGAUUGCUACAUCACUGCUCAGCCCCUUUGAAUCCUGCUGUGCUCUUUGAUUGGGCUCCUAUUCUGUGCGGCUGGGCCUGCAGCAGCUUUCAAUGUUCCGAGCGCCCCCACCCCCAAAGAGCGAUGUGGCAGUGACCCCUCUACCUGGCCAAGGAACAACAUGGCCAGCAUCCAGCUGGAUCCCUGGCCAAAGCCAGUCUUCCCCUCGCUUGGGUUGGAGUCCUUUGGAGUUUCAGGGGUCACCCAGCACUGUGAUCUCCCAGAUAGCACCGUUCUAGUGACCUGCCAGCAGCCCAGGAUAGCUAUACUUGUCUGGGUGGGAUCCCACACCUGCCUGAUCCUGGGGGGUGGUCCCAGAAACCCCCAAAGGAAGGUGGCAGGGAGUUGGGGGGUGUAGGAAUUCCCUUCCUGACCCUACAUCUGGCAGUCACUUCAGCCCCGCGCACAUGAAUCUCCAGGGUGCUGUGUCCACUUUCAUUUGGCUCCUGAUCCUUUGGGCCUUGUCCUUUUCUCCUGCCAUCACAAGCGUGGCUUGUGCUGGCACCUCCUCCUGCGGGGAGUCUCAGUGGGUAUGUGCCUGCCUGUGGGGGGCAGCAGGACCUGUGCCACAUGUGGGAGGUCAGUGUUUGAUUAACAGCUGGGGUGAGCACCCUGGCACCUGCUCCAGUGCCCAGAGCCACAUCCACCCUGCAGGACCUGCCUCCCUGGAGGCUUCACUCUGUGCUCUGCCAGAGCUUGGCUUAGAUAGCAGCUCUUCUCUGUGAGGUCAGGGUCCCAGUGCCAGAGGCGGACAGCUGGCGGGGGAGAGGGACACUGGGUUGGUACCACCGGGCUCUCACUGUGACGGUGGUAUUUACAAGACUCUUCUUGCAGCCUGUUGGCCUUCCCACUCCUGCCCCCACGUGUUGGCUGGGUACCAGGGAAUUCCCCACCCAGCCGCCUCGGUCACUUGUUCACGUCCAGCUGCUAGCUGUUCCUACGUCACGCCGCCUGUGGCCUGGCUCUGUCCCAUCGGGUUGUGAUCUCAAAGCUCUCUAUGACCUUCGUGAUUUUGCCUUUGCACCCAUCUCACAAGUCUUUCACUGUUGUUCCAUAUUUACAUGUGGGGAACUGAGGCACAGUAUGAGUAAGGCUGAGA